GGAAUAUCUAUUAUAAUGGUUAAACCGAGCAACAGAACCUUGAAAUACUUUCGAUCCGUUGUGGUGACACAGAGUAGUAUGCUCCGAAACGGCUAUGAAAAUGGGCCUCGUUCCAGCGAUAAGUUCAAUGGAGGCGUCGAGGCCGAUAGUCAUAAGCCGACAUAUGCAUUGGAUCAUUUGGCCACCUUUAAAUUAAAAACUGAGGCUGAAACAAAACAGCCGAAAGACAAAAUGAAACUGUUGAUUGAAUUGGAUAAGACAGGUGGCAUAUGGCCGCACAAGAUGUACAUGUCCUUCAAUGGACAAUGGCUUGUCAUGCUUGAUCAGGAUAUGAAAGAAAUCGAAAACUUUCCGGGCAGUCUGAUAACGGAGCCAACAGCCUUUAUCAGUGAUGAUCCCCUGGAAACUUACAAUAAUGUUUUAGUUUUCUCCGUGCCGGGAAUUUCCUUGGGCAAUACUGAAAUGCAUAUUUUCCAAGUCACGGAUGUGAACUCGGUUCAUUUGGUGGAGGAUCUGCGCCUGCUAAGCAGCGGUUCACAAGUCACCAUGGACCGGAACAAGACACCCAUACACUUGCCAAAGCCCGAGCGUCCUGGCAAUCAUCAGGCUAAGGAUCAAUACGGUAUCGCAGCGGCUGCGGCCGGAAUUGCCGCCGAGAAGAACGCACAGGAUCGCGAUCAGACGGAACGUGAUGUUCAGGUGCUCAACCACUGCUUCGAGGAUGUGGAACGAUUCAUUGCAAGAUUGCACUAUGCGGCUGAAGCGUUGCAUGAGCUGGAGUCCCGGAAGAACCAACACAAUCCCCACGGAGAGGGUUUGCUGGUGUUGCGAUCACGUCCGCCAAUCGAGAGCGAAUUCUAUGACAUUCUGGCUAAAAUAAAGCUGGCGCUCAAUUAUGCUGUUAAGUUGCAGAACCAUUUUACCAAAGGUGCUGAGCCUGUGCACAAUGUCUUCACGUCCCUGCAAUCGAUUGUGAAUGUGUGCAGCGAUGUUUAUGUCGGUGCUCAUUUACCUGAGAGCGUUGUUAAUCCUCUGCUGCGCCGAGAAACAAUUGCUUUUCUCAAUGGCAGCCUUGACUCUAAUGAGAAAGAGCUGUGGCUCAGUCUCGGCCCUAAUUGGACCGUGCCAAAGGAUCAAUUCAAGGAUCACAAGGGUUCAUACCAUCCCAUUUUCUAUGACGAUUGGUCGCCAGACUGGGUUGUCGAUGAGGAGGUUGCCUACUUGGCACCUGUAUUGAAACAAUCCCAAUCUUACACGCCAAUGCCGGCCAGUCCGGGAAGCAGUCGCACCUGGCUGAGUCGCUUACAGAGCCGCAAUGUUAAAAUCGCUGAGGUUGCGUACAAUAAAUCGGCCACCAACGAUAAGGAACUGAAUGUUACAAAGGGCGAAUAUUUAGAGGUUAUUGACGACUCCAAGAACUGGUGGAAGGCUCGAAAUUCAUUCGGUAACAUUGGCUACGUCCCGCACACAGUGCUAGUUCCCUACAACUUUGAGGCUGGCAUGAACCGGAAUGGACGCGAUAACGAGUCAUUGGGAUCGGCAUCUUUUGACAAUGGUGAAGGUGAGGCGAACAAUCCGCUUUAUCGCAACACGAUGGCAUUGUAUGUGCCGCCAACGGAUCGUGAGUCUCAGCAACCAGUUGGUAGCUCAAAGAAUAUGCCUCGAUCCUAUUCAAUGCCAAAUGUGCCCGUCCCACCGCCAAUGCCACCGGCUAGUGAGAGCCAACCAUCCACUCCGAGUGACACCUUAAAGCGAAAUAUGGCAGCCGCUGGAACACUUGCAGCUAUGCGGGCCCGCAACGACUGCGAAGCGGAUGACGAUGCCUAUCUGAUGCAGGAGAAUGUCAACGGGGAGCUACGCGUCCUGCUCCAGCAGAGACAGCAGCGUAGGGACCUCGAAAUACUGAAGACGCCCGAGAUAUACAUUAACCAGAACUCCAAGCCCAGGGAGGUGGAGGAAUGGCUGCGCGGCAAGGGCUUCUCGGACAACAUUAUCAAGCGCCUGCACAUGCUCAGCGGCGAGGAGAUAUUUGCGCUUUCGCCACACACCAUCGAGAGCUAUUUUGGGCAGCGGGAGAGCCGUCGACUCAUUUCACAAAUUGUGCUACAGAAGAACUUCUGUGAGUACAAAACAAUUCGGUCUUCUGAGCUGUCUGCUAAAACUAGCUCGCGCCAGACAAAAGGCAGAUCAAUCAAAUGGAGAUGAGGUCUUCUAGGCCUGCCUGCCUGCCUGCCUGCCUGUAUUUACUUAAUGUAUACUUUGAGGACAGCUUAUUCGAGCCCGUUUCCCUUGGAGAUUGAUUGAAACUGCAUACACUUUACUUUUGGCUGAAUACUUUUGUGGAAUGGAACCCUCUUGGUUUGUCUAUUAUUUAUUUGUAAUGUUUCGUUCAUUUAUUGUAAAAUAUGCCUGUAAAUGCAUAUGCAAUAUGAAAAUAAAAAUCAAAAACAGCA